AUGGUGCACUCUGAUAAUAUCGCAAGAGAAAUAGUUCCUUUUGUCGAUGUUUCUCCGAGUGUUGAAGGGGUAGUCACAAAGGCGAUAGAUGUCGGCGGUGACUUUAAUAGAAAACAAGACUUUGAUGAUCGUGAAAUCAUGCUAACAUGGAUUCGUAGGAAUGCAACUAACCUUGGUUUUGGUGCGGUAAUAGGAAGAUCAGAUAAUGGACAACGAAUAUACAUACAUGGAAUGUGUCAUUGGGUAGGUUUAAGUAAUACAUAUCCUGAUGGUUCAUAUUUGGUUUCAUUUAACUUAAGUGAUGAGAUAUUCAUUACAACACUCAUUCCAUUUUCCAUGGAUGCUAAACUUAAGGAUAAAGAUUGGAGUACACAUUUAAUAUUGUUAAAUGGGUCAAUUGCUACAAUUUCAUGGUAUCAUGGUUCCGGUACUUUUCACAUAUCAGUGUUAGGCGAACUCGGUGUUAAAGAAUCAUGGAUAAAACUCUUUAAUAUUGAACUAUUGUUAGAUGUUGAUCAUCCUAUUGGAGUAGGCAAAGAAGGUAAUAUAUUCUUUCGAAAAAAAGAUGAUGAAUUGAUUUUGUUUGAUUUGAGAACACAAAUGAUUAGGGAGCUUGGAAUUAAAGGAUGGCAUUUUAGUCAAGUAGUAAUUUAUAAGGAAUGCUUUAUUCCAAUUGGAGGAAUCAAUUUGUAA